AUGAUUAAUUCUGAAUGGUAUCAAAUUUAACAGGAUAAUGAGAGGUAAAAGAUUGAAAUCAUUUACAGAUACUACUUAGCUGAGCUUUAUAGAUUCUUUAAUGAGAAGCACAUAGCUUUUCCACUUUUAAACGAUCAUCUUCUUAGUUUUGCAAAGAAAGAAGAUUCGAAUGACAACAUAAAGUUUAGAAUAGCAUACUUGAUGAUUUUGAAAGAUCAAAAUAUGAAUGAAGCAACUACUAAUGAAACAUUAAAGUUCUUAGCAGACUAUAUGAUAAUAAAGUAAACAGCUUGGAAAUAUCUUAUACAGGGAAACCUAAUUCUGGCAGAUUUAUAUGAAGAGUUAAGUGUCUAUCAAAAAGCUGUGGAGAGGAUUGAUCAAGCAAAACAGUUGCUAGAACAAAAUGCACCAGAUCAUCUUAAAAACUAUUGGCUUACUGAAAUUCACCUAAAGUACGCAGUAAUUAACAGUGAAUUCUAUAAAAAGGGUUUGGUCAAUGAUAACUUAGAGUAAGCUUAGAAAUUAGUAGAUUUGACAAAGAAUAAGUCUCAUUAAGCUUAGAUUUAUAAGAUAAGAGGUUUAACAGCAACAGGAUUUUAUCAGCAAGAGUAGGCUCAAGGAUUCUAUGAGAAAAUGCUAAAGAUUUUGAAAUAGUUGUAUGUGGAACAUCAUCCUGCCAUUAUCAGAUGCUAUAAGAAAUUACUCUUCUGCUGCAUCAAUAGAAAAGGAGAUAUGGAAAGACUUAAGCAUGCUGAAAUUUACUGUGAGAAAGCAUUUGAAUUGGCAAAGGAGAUCUUUGACAUUCAGGAUUCUGAUAGAGAGGAAGAUCUCUAACACUUAAUGCUAAUCAAAAUCUUACUUUACAAAGCAUAGAUUUCAGCAAGAAUGCUUAAAAGAGAAGAAUUUAAAGAAAAGUAUUAGAGGAUGAAGAAUUUGCUAAGUGCCACUUUGCUAGAUGAGACAAAUAUUAAUUAGAAAAUGCUUUUAAAGAUUAUUGAUGAUGCUGGUGAAGUAGAUUACUAAGAAAUUUCUAAAGAAAUUACUAGAUUGAACAAAAAGAUAAUGAAAAGAUAUAACACUGAUGAUAAUGCAUUUUACUUUUUGGAAUAUUUCCCAAAUUUACAAGACGAUUUCGAAAGAAAGCCUUAUAAAGCCAUUCACUUUGUUAAUAGAGGGAUGAAGAAAUUCGAGGAGCAAUUUGGCAAAGAUUCUCUGCUUUUCUUGAUUUUUGAACUUUAUCAGAUAUUAAUUGAUAUAAGCACUGCUAAAAGUGGACUGGAGAAAUAUCUUUAAUAAAUUGAGAAUGCCAGGAAUGUAUUAUUAAGGCAUUUCUGUGGAGAAGACAAGCAUUUCAUUUUUUUGAUUUUAUAUCAAACUGAGAUCACUUAUUACAAAAAAAUGAUUGAAAUUUCCUAAAUAAAUGGCCAAAAUUUACAACAAUACUAUCUUGGCUUUAUCUAAAGAGCUGAGAAACUAAUAGAAAUCAAUCAUAACAAAAAUGGUAUUUAUUCCUCUAGUGAUCUACAGUUGCUUUCUGAAAUGAUUACUUAUCUUAUACCCUUAACCUAAUUUGAAAAGGCACAGAAAUAUUUAGAUCUUUACAUGGAGAUAGUAGAAAAGUUACCAUGGAUUAGGAAUAAAAAUCCUUAGGAAGAAUACUUUUAUGGAAGAGUUUUGAGAGAAGAUCUUAGAAUCCUAAAUGGAAGAACUAAGGAUUGGAGAGAAUUUGAUAAUUUUUAUGAUUCUAUCCAAAAGGAUGACAGUAUUUGUGAGAAAGAAAAGCAAACUAUAAAUGAAAUUGUAGUUGUAGCAAAGAAACUGGAUCUCCUAUUACUAAAGCAGGACACAUCAGAUGCUUAUGCAAUCGCUAAAUCAUUCUUGGAUGAAAAUGAAAAAUCAAAGAAAUACUCAGAUGCUUAAUUGGCUAAAAUUCUUUUAAUUAUGGGAAGUAUGUGUGCAACACUUCUUAAAUUUGAAGAUGUUAUCUAGAUUUCGAAUAGACUGGAAAAAGCAUUUAUUGAUGAUAGUAUUGAAUUCAGCAAAUCUAUUACACCACAAAUUAGAAAGCAAUUAUCUUAAUGGGUAGAAGAGGCCAAAUAGUAAAUUCAAAUUAAUAAAACGAAGAAUAAAAACAAUUAUGCUUUUGCUAAUCAAUACUUGAUUGGAACUUAGCUGUGGGUUUCAGUAAAUAUCAACAGAAGCUGA